UUUUUUUAAUUUUUUCUUUAAGAUUUUUUUUUUAAUUUUUUUGAAGAUAAUGACUGAUGAUUCAAUUUACAAUCGAACCGAUGAGGAUGCUGUUGUUCUUUUUGAUGAAAGUGAUAUGAUUGAAAUUAGUCCACAAACAGUAACUGAUGAAAAUCCUUCUGAAAGAUAUAUUAAUGUAGAAUUCGAAGAUAGUGAAGAGGCUCUAAGACAACGGUUAAUCGAAAAAAGAUAUUGCAAAGAAAAACCGGAAGAUCCGAAUUUAUUUAAUAAAAAUGAAAUGCAAAAUCUUAUUUGUGAAGUACCAGUUCAUUCAAAAUCAUCAACAAAUAAAAGGCAACGUAUUGUUUGGGAAAAGAAUGAUGAGGAUAAUGCUACUAAAAAGAUGUUAAUAAAAACUUCAAAUUCUAAUAGUAGCAGUUCAAGAUCUGUGCAAGUUAUUCAAGACGAGAAAAGUGCCCGAACACUUCAAAUCCAAACAAGUCAAAAAAUUGAGAAACGAGAAAAGUCAUCGUCAACAGCUACACGCACUUCUGAGACCUCUGAUUUAAGAAAAACAGCAAUUACUUCCAAUCAUAAACAAAAAGAGAGACAAACAGUCGACAAAAUAGAAAUUUCAUCAAAAUCGAGUAAAAACGGAAAUAUUGAUCCUUUACAUAAACACAAGGAGAGACCCUCUUCCUCUAAUGACCAUUCACGUCAUCAUGAGCGCCAACAACGUGAGAAAAAGCUAAUUUCAGGUUUAAAUAGAGUUGCUUCUGAUAAAUUUUUGUCUAAACGCGACGAACAAAAUUUGAAGACGGCAAGGAAACCAAAAAAUUCGGAACAAAAAAAGACACCAAAAGAGCAAAAUGAAGAAAUCUGUUCUGUUGAAAAAAUUUAUAUAGAUAGUGUUAAAAGUCCGGAAACAAUUGAAAUUACUGACGUUAUGAAUGAACAUGAAGAUUUUUCUAAAAUUAAAGUUAGAAGUGCUCCCUCUUCUCCUGGAAAAUCAAAAAAAUAUUCAAAAUUUGAAAGUAGUUCGGAAAGUGGUGAAGAUUAUGAAAUAGAAGAGGAUGGAAAUAAAGAAGGGGAACCUAAAGAUCGUUCCAUACCCAAUAAUGAAAAUAAGAUGGAUGAUUAUGAAUUUAAUGAAAAUGAUUUUAUGAACAAUGUAGAUGAACCUGUUGAUAUUCUUGAUGAUUUGGAGAACAGGAAUUUUGAGGAACUUACGGAGGAUGAAAAAGCUGUGUUGUCACCAGAAAGAUUAAAGCAAUUAGAGGAAGCAUAUCAACGUCGUUUAAGAGCACAACUCCCCGUUUACUAUCCAGGAAUUUUUGGCUGUAGAAGUGUUGUUGAAUAUGAGUGUUUAAAUAAAAUAUCUGAAGGAACUUAUGGUGUUGUUUAUCGUGCGCAAGAGAAGAAAACAGAUGAAAUUGUUGCACUUAAAAGAUUAAAAAUGGAAAAAGAACACCAAGGAUUUCCAAUUACUUCACUUCGAGAAAUUAACAUGUUACUAAAAUGUGGAACACAUCCAAAUGUUUUAAAUGUAAGAGAAGUUGUUGUUACCUCUAAUGCGGAAAAAAUAUUUCUUGUAAUGGAAUAUGUUGAACAUGAUUUGAAAUCUUUAAUUGAAUUGAUGAAAUCCAGGCAAAAGAAAUGGACAAUACGUUUGUUUUUUAUUGUAAAAUUGUUAUUAAAAUUAUUUUUUGUAGCCCAAGUAAAAACUCUUCUACAGCAACUUCUUUCAGGAAUUGAACACAUGCAUGACCAGUAUGUCAUUCACCGUGAUUUAAAAACUUCCAAUCUUUUACUUUCACAUCGUGGGAUUUUGAAGAUUUGUGAUUUCGGUUUAGCCCGUGAAUUUGGCGAUCCACUUAAGCCGUAUACACCAAUUGUUGUUACACUUUGGUAUAGGUCACCAGAACUUCUCCUUGGAUGCAAACUCUAUUCAACACCUGUAGAUAUGUGGUCUAUUGGUUGUAUUUUCGGUGAACUUUUAAAAAUGGGAACAUUAUUUGCUGGCAGAACUGAGAUUGACCAGAUGCAAAAAAUUUUUAAAGAAUUGGGAACACCAAAUGAACAAAUUUGGCCUGGAUGUAGUUCUCUACCAGGAAUGAGAAAUUUAAAUUUCCCCGAAACUCCGUUCAGUCAAUUACGUCGAAGCUUUUGUUCUGAAUUACCUGAUGAUGAUGGAUUUAAUUUAUUAAAUAGAUUACUUGCAUUGGACCCGAGUAAACGUUUUUCUGCCAAUGAAGCAUUAGAAAACAAUUGGUUCAAAAAUGAUCCUAAACCUGCUCCACCAUCUUCUUUUCCAACAUGGCCGGCUAAAAGUGAACACAACAAAAAACCUCCAAAUGAACCAUCUGCACCAAGGAAACCUAUCGCUGGAUUUACACUUAAAUUUGAUGCGCCAAAAUUUUGA